AUGAGGCAGUCUAUAAUUGCGGGUGCAGUAGCAGUUGUAGACGAAGACGGCCCCAGUAAUUCACAUAAAGUCCCAAUGCGGCCAGGAAUGUAUAAGAGGCAGCAAACGGGCGCAACAGAAGUUGGGAUGACAACCGAGGAAUGCGGACCGAGCCUUGAGUGGGUGGCGAGCAGCUGGAGAACCGGUGACAUACGAGGAAAGGAAGGAGGGGAACCAUGGGACGGGCAAAUGGGAUUCGGGGAUGAAACAGCAGCUAAUUUCCGUGUCCGCAGCAAGCAGGAGCAGGGACAAGAUGUAGGCUGGAUGUAUGACCGAGAGCUAAUGCAGUCGGGGGGAGGAGGAGGAAGAAAAAGCAAGCAAGCAAGCAAGCAGAAAGGGAAAAGACGGACGGAUCCUCUCACAGAAUGCGAGAGGGGAAGACAAGAACUAAAUGGUAGAAGUCUGGAGAGCCGUGGAUGCGAACCAGGCACGAAUACUCACACGGCUGGGUCGGAAGGGCAUGGUUGGACUGGGAAGUGGGAGGGAAGUAAGUGGCUGGCCGGAGAUGGAACGGCCGGUCUGGUUCCGGAUGCAUGGCAUCAUGGCAGCAUCAGCGUCAUCGCUUUCGCCGCGCCCGAUAAGCCGAUCGGAUUAGAUUUCUCUACAUUCAUAAUUUGCCCGUCGGCUGUUCGGAUGUAG